AGUAUACAAAGGAGGGCGUCCACUAGAACGGUGACAGCGAGUUGUCUUUGCUUGAGGACAGGGUGCCGAGGUACUUCACAGUCGGUGUGGAUAUGAGAUCCACGAUCAUGGCAAACGGCGAGGGUUGUGUCAAAGCACGAACACUCUUGCAGCGCUUCAGAGAGUCACCACAUGUACGUGUGGACAAGGAUGUGGAAGACAGUGCAUACAGUCUAAAAGGAGUGGUGCAGUGGAUGUGCAGCGAAGGGAUGUGCGAAGAAGGAGACGUGGACAUGACAAUGCAGCAGAAAGGGGGAACAUAUAAACCUGCGGAUUUCAAGAAGUUGCUGGGGACUGUAGCAAGGAAUGGGGAAAUGCUUGUUGAUGGGUCGAAGGAGGAGUUGAAGAGUGGUGCUGCAGAAAUCUUGGUGUUGUCCAGAAAGAAGCACAUUACACAAACAUCGCCGGAAGACUUUCAAAAUGUUCCUGUCAUUGUUGCGGAUGGUGUGGAAUAUGUUUUGCUGGAUCAACUUAAAAUGGACAGCGGUCCACGAGUGUGCGACUGUGGCAGACCUUUCAUGUCAUUACGAACUGUGAGCUCACAUCGUGCGAGGGCAUGCCCGGCCGUGGCGGACGAAAGAACACAUGGGAAGGAGGUGGGUGUGGUCGAUGACGCAGGACUAUCAAGUAUAGGUGCAGUGAAUCUCGUGAGCGAUGAGAGUGAGGACGUCGAGGCCCCCGAGAAUGUAGACGGGGAGGGCGGGACAUUCAAAGAGCAGCAACCGCGGCCUGUCGAGUCUUUUGACAGCUCUCGCAAGCUGGCGACACUGAUUUUCUCUGCCAGGGGCAGCGUCGAGUGGAUCAGCAACCUCAGAAACGGAUCAAAAGUUUCUCUCCCAUCAAGUCAAGGGGAAAUUUCAAAGUUGAAAGAACGCAAUGAAUCACCCCCUGCGACUCCUGCCCCACGGAACCGUGCGAGUGGCGUCGAGAACCAUCCAACCAAGACCCCCGAGAAGAGGUCGCGGGAAGACGGAAUGUCAAAGGUGCACCGCAGGACAAAGAAGAGAAUCACGUACAAAAAGGACAGAAUGGUGGAGAUGAUCGAUCUGAGAGCCUCGGACGCUAUGGACAGCGCGGCCCGAGAGGAAGCAGAAGAGGAACACGACCAGUCCAUAUCAGAAAAGUCUAACGGGGAGGAGAACGAGGCAACAAGUGACGAGGGAGGUGACUGUGAAACUUCCGACGGACGUUCUCGCGACACUCACAACGCUGAUGACGAGGACGGAAGGAGCAGUGACGGCACAGCGCAGGACGAGGGCGGUGACGGGGCAGGCGAAGACGACAGAAGCGCAGACGGAAGAGAGAGUUCCCCAUCUCCGAGAAGAACGCGGCGCAUGAAGGAACCCGAAAGUGGUGGCGAGGGAGGCGCAACCGGCGCGCCCCCUCCAUUGACAGACAACUAGUGAGGCACGACAACGCAGUUCAAAAAGGUAAACAAAAUGCGCUGCAAUUG